AUGUAUCGUUAUAGACGAUCUUCAUAUGGUGGACGCCGUGGGAAAGUAUCAUUCUGCUCCAACUCUUCACUACUUUUGGUGUUAAUCUUUCUAAUCUUCAACGUCUUAUUGUGGCAGUACUCGUGGGAGCAUAAACUACACACCGCGAAGGGAUCCUUGAAGGAUUUACUACUCAAACAGAAUGAUAUGAAUGGUAAAUCCAAUGAUAAUGAUAAUAUUAAUAAUAAUAAUAAUAAUAAUAAUAAUAAUAAUAAUAAUAAUAAUGUUAAGGCGGGUGUUGAUAGGUAUGCUUUAAAUGCUAAGAAAGAGGAAAAGAUGUUAGAAGAAAGAAUAUCAGCAUCAGCAGCAACAGAAGAAGUCGUACUACACAAUGUGGAAGAAUCUUCAUUACUUCAUGUGCAAUACACGCAUGAGAGUAAAUUGUGGACACUUAAAGAUAUUAUAAAGAAAUUGGAUUAUAAAAAAGGAAUAACACCAAGUAUUUGUCCUCCUUUACCAGAAAAUAUUACUAUACCAUUAAAAGAAACUUUUGAAAUUGGUAUGAUACGUGAGUUUCUUGGAGGUAUGUAUCAUCCUGAACAUUGCAAGUGGUUAAAACGAUAUGAUAAUAUAGAUCAAAAUGAUAAUCAUGAUAAUAAUAAUAAUAAUAAUGAAAAAGAUAAUGACAGAGAAGCAUAUAUAAAUAAAAAAAAUGAAUUAUUGGAAAAUUGUAGAAAAGAAGCUGAAAGAGCAAAAGCAGAAUUAGUAAAUCAUACACCAAAGUACGCCUAUGUUAUGAUGGUUUCUAAUCAUCGUUACUUAGAUGGAGCUAUGGUGUUGGCAGAUUCUAUACGUCAACAUUCUCCCUUUACUCGAAAUCGAACUGCAGAAAUAGUAUUAAUGAUUAAUGAAAAUAUAAAGGAAGAUAUGUUUCCAUUACUACAAGUUACUUUUGACCGUGUUAAAAUAUAUCAUGGGCUUCAAACGUGGGCAAAAAAAAGUGCAUAUCAAGCAACUUUUGAUAAAAUUUAUAUUUUCACAUUAAUGGAUUAUACAAAUGGAAUAGUUUUCCUUGAUGCCGAUACCCUUAUCACAGAAAAUCCUGAUUAUUUAUUACAAAUGCGUGAAAAAAUACAAUCCGUAUUGAAUUCUACAGAUUUUAAUAGUGGGAAACCAAAGUUUCCAGAAGCCUCUUUAUACCCAUUAUCAGAUUCACAAUGGAAUAAGAUUAUGAAAAGAAAAGAAUUACCUCAUCUUUUCGCUGUGGGUGAUAAGGAAUAUUUUCAAACCGGUUUAAUUCUUCUUCAACCUUCUAUGAAAAUUUUUUUAGAUCUUUAUCUCGAAUUCCGUUUUGGAAGUUAUGGUUAUAAUCGUUGGCAGGCACGUGAUGGAAUUCUCUUCCGAACUUGUUUUAAAACAAUUGGGGAAUUAUACUCCCGUCCUCCCGCUAUUCAUCACUUUACGGGAACUCCUAAACCGUGGUUUAACUUGGAGAGACUAGAUCAUAGUUUAGAAACUAUGGGUGUAUAUAUGAAGAAACAAAUUCCACAAUCUUGGCGUGAUCAUGCCUAUCGAUAUGAAUGGUGGACACGGUAUGAAUUACUUCACAAGGAAAGUUUUUAUAAUAUUGAAAUGGAAACAAGAAAAAGAGCUGGAACUCUGCAAGAAACAACAUUUCGUAUGUGGGAAAAAAAAUUAGGAAAAGAAAAAACGAAUCUUCCUCCUGAAGCACACAUUACAAAAUAUGGUGGAGCCAUGUUAUUACGUAAACCAACAACUUCACUUCCACUUCCAUUAGGUCUUCAUUCACGAGAAGAUGCUGCUAAUGUCUCACCCAAAGACUAUAUGUGGUUAAUGCGUUUUGGUAGAAAUGUUGAAUAUCUUCGUCCUACAAGAGAACAUAUGGCUAAAUUACGUACUUAUACUUUUCCUAUUGCCUCUGCAGAUGAUUUACAUGAUAUUUUACCAGUCCUAUCCUCUUGUCAAAUAAAUAAUUCUACUACUACUACUGAUGCUGCUGCUGCUGCUGCUGAUGCCGCUACCACAUCUGAAGGCUAUUGUCCCGCCUUCGGUACUUCAAGUGCAGGUAAAGAAGGUGUGGUGUACGCUUUUGCUUUAAGAGAUCAUAGCAAAAUAAAGACGACAAACGGAGAAGCUGAUGCGGUGGAUGUUGUAGCUAAAGGAGAAGAAGAGGAAGAAGAAAAAGAAAAAAAAGUAAAAUGGACCAAUUGUGAGAAAAGAUGUAAAGAGUUAAAAUUGCAAUGUGAUGAGGCGGCAUUACUUGAUACACGUAUUGCUGACUGUAAGUAUGGUGAAACUGCAGGAACUAUGGCAAAUGGCCUUAUUCGUUGUAAGCGCUGCUUACCUCAUUUUAAGGAAGGUGCCCCAUUUGUUGUAUAUCGAAAUGGAGAAAAACAGAAGAAUUCUUCUUUUGUUCAAUAUGCGGAGGUGUGCUUCUUUAAUGCAUGGACACGUUAUGGUUUGCCCCACUGCAAUGCGUCCGAACCACGUAUUCGAUUGUAUGAAUUACGUGAAGGAGAUUCUUUGGCUCCACUUUGUGCUUGUCGUUGA